AUGGUGUCUCAAGCCGUGCAGCUGCUCCGGCAGGGAGUGUGGGCGGCACUGACUGGAGGCUGGUAUCACGACCCGGAGCAAAGCAAAUUUACCAACAGCUGCCAUCUCUAUCUGUGGCUUUUCUUGCUGCUGCUGCCUAUGGCGCUGCACCUGGCAUUCCCUCCAAAUACCGUCACAGCUUUCAUCUACUGUAUUUCUGUGACUUUGUUUUUCACGAUCAUCAAGGUGGUCAGCUAUCGCCUUCAUGUUAUGUUUGAUAAAGGAGAAGUGAUUCAACAAAAAGUCUCUUGGAGGGAGGGAAAGCAAAAUAAAGAAGCUAAAAGAGAUAAUGCAAUUCGGCAUAUAAAUCUUAGCAAUAAUAUAGGGGACAGUGGUGCAGUUGAAGAGAUGAAGCGUAAUGGUUCAACACCAACCAUACAUAGCAGUGUAAAAGUGCAGGCUAUACUCUCUCAUCACUCUUCAGGAGUACUGGAGCUGCCAGCACAAGAAACUAUUGAAGAUCUGAAAGGUGUAAUGGUUUUGGAAGACCAGCCUGUCCCACCAGUUUCAUCUACCUCACCCUGUGUCAAAGCAGAUAUUCUAUCUGCUUCGAUGGCACGAAUGUCAAGUUCAACCACAUCAGCAAUAGUGGCCAAGCCAACUAUGGAGACAUUUAUCAGUAACACAAGUAGUGAAAAAGAAGAAAAGGUACAGCCUUCUGGCCACAACGGAGUGGAGGAUAUUACUUUUGAUAAAGGUGUUGUUAAAAAAUUGCCAAAUCUCUCUUUGUCUCAAUAUGACAUUUUAAAAACUGGCAUUUCCUUUGAACCUUGGGGCAGUGAUAAUUCAGUCAUAAUUUCAGAGCAUUUAAGCAAUCCAAAAUGUUUCAGGAGAGAGAAAUUACCAGAUGCACCAGCUCAAGAGAGCAUUAUUACUAGCUGCCCACAGUGCAAUACCAUGGCAGCCAAGGGAACUGAUGGACCUGUGGAAAGUUCUUAUGUUGAUGACAUGAAGGGACACCUUGAUGAUUCAGAAAGUGAGGUAGCUGUUGCGCUUGUUGACAAUUCCCUCCCUGGAGACCCACUUUCAUUACAUGAACCCAUUAAAAUAGUUAUCACUAUGAGUAGUAUCCAGAAUUCAACAAUUGAUUUAGAAGGCUCAUGCCAUUUGAAAAUGUUGGGCACUGAAAAAUCCAGCUCAGAUCCAGAGUCCGGUGUUGCUACAGCAGAUCAAAACAGUAAACAAAACAAUGAACAGAUGAGAAUCCCUGUCAUUACUUUUGAACUAUCCGAUGACAGUGGAGGCCAUGCUUAUCAAGAAAUAAGUGAAAGCUUAAGAACACCAGAGAAUUUAAAUGUAGAUGCAUCUUCCAACCAGUGUUCUGGCUAUGAAUCUGGUGAACAAGACAAUAUUGCAAAAGAAUAUGGUGACAAUCCAACAAAUAAUUGCGAAGAAGCAGGAAAUUGUCCAGAAAACGUUUCUGAGAAUGUAGAAGUCACAACUUUAAAUUCAAAAGAAGGACAACAGAAUUUGGGUGUGCCCUCGUAUAAAACUGCUUAUGAAAAGAGACAUGCUCGUGUGCUCAGUGUCGACAGCGGGACAGAUGUUUUUUUAAGUAAGAAUUCUUCAGAGGCAGUCAGUGAUAAAGAAAAACUUUUGCCGACCUCUAAAUCUGAUCUAGAAGCUAAAGAAGGACAGAUACCCAAUGAAUCUAAUUUCUUGGAAUUUGUCUCACUGCUGGAAUCCAUCAAUACUUCAAAGGCAACAGCAUCAGACUGGAAACCAGAGACUGCAAAAGAUAAGGGUCUCAGCGGAGAUGUCUGUAUAGCAGAGAAAAAAGAAGGAACCCUGGAAGCAGAAAAAAAUUCUGCCGAAAAAGAAAAACAUUGUUCUUCUAAGCAGGAUAGAUCAGAGAUGCAAAGUCAAGAUUCGGCUAGUAUUAAUUCAAUGAUCCCAGAACCGAUGAAAUUCACUGCACAUUACCAGGGCACCAGACAAAGGCAGAUCAUUUACCGGGUAACUUCACAGCAAGAUAGUUCUGUCUUGCAAGUCAUAAGUGGGCCUGAGGCUUCUAUGCAAGAAGAUAUGUCUGUGGAUGCAAUGCAUGUCUUCAUAGAUGAAAAUGGAGACAUUAGAUCCUGUUACUUAAAGACUGGCAGCCAAAAAGAAGGAAAUAUGCAAAAUACAGCACCUAACUACGACUGUAUUUCUAAUGCUCAUGAAACUCACGUCAGUUCUUCUAGUACAACUACCUCAGAGAGCCAAGAUCUAUCUUCUGGAGAUCAUGGGCCCAGCGCAUUGCAACAGCAGCUCUUACUGAUGGUUGCACGGAGAACUCUUGCUGAAACCCAACGGCAUUUUAGUGAAGACCUUGAGGAUUCUUCAUGUUCAUCAGCACAGAGAAAAAUUAAUAGGCAAUUUUACAAAUUUGUUGUAUUCCCUGGCAAAUGGAUAAAAAUCUGGUAUGAUCGACUUACCUUGCUGGCACUGCUAGAUAGGACAGAAGAUAUCAAGGAGAAUGUUUUGGCAAUUCUACUAGUAAUCCUUGUUUCUUUUCUUGGAUUUCUAAUUAUGAACCAAGGUUUUUGUAAAGAUAUUUGGGUCCUCCUGUUCUGUCUUAUCAUGGCAAGCUGUCAAUACUCCCUUCUUAAGAGUGUCCAGCCAGACCCUGCCUCACCUAUACAUGGCCACAAUCAGAUGAUAACAUAUAGCAGGCCUGUAUAUUUUUGUAUAUUGUGUGGCCUUAUUUUAUUGCUAGAUGUAGGAUCUAAAAAUAGAAGUCCCUCUGUUUACACAGUAUAUGGCUUGAAGAUCUUCUCACCUGGAUCAUUUCGGGCAGCCAGAGAUCAUGUAAUAGGAUUUUUAUAUUGCUUUCCUGCAAUUUCUCUUCUUGGUCUUUUCCCACAAAUCAACACUUUCUGCAUAUAUCUCUUGGAACAAAUAGAUAUGCUGGUCUUUGGUGGUUCUGCUGCUGCUGGGAUGAUAUCUUCACUAUACAGUGUUUCUCGAAGCUUUGUAGUUGUGAUUGUCCUGUAUGCAAUCUGCUUCAAUGCAGUAAAGGAGCCAUGGGAUGCUCAACACAUUCCUGCAUUAUUCUCUGCUUUCUGUGGCCUUUUAGUUGCACUUUCUUAUCAUCUGAGUAGGCAAAGCAGCGAUCCGUCUGUUUUAAUGUCUCUUAUCCAGUGUAAAUAUUUUCCUCACCUUCUGCAUCAACAUUUUGAUGAUUCACAAGCUGAUCCACUUCCUGAGAAGAUGAAAGAAUCAGUGAGGGAAACUUUGAAGUCAGAUCUCAUUGUGUGCUCUGUGGCUGCUGUGCUAUCAUUUGCAGUCAGUGCCAGUACUGUUUUCUUGUCAUUAGGGCCAUUUCUCAGCUUUGUGCUUUUUGGUUUAGCGUGGAUGGUGGGAUUUGUAACACACUACAUACUUCCGCAGCUUCGCAAACAUCACCCAUGGAUGUGGAUUGCCCACCCUAUCCUUAAAAAUAAAGAAUAUCAGCAGAGAGAAGUAAGAGAUGCUGCCCAUUUAAUGUGGUUUGAAAGAAUCUAUGUGUGGCUUCAGUGUUUUGAAAAGUACGUCUUGUAUCCUGCAAUAAUACUGAAUGCCCUUACCAAUGAUGCUUUUUCAAUCAGCAAAGAUAAGAGAUUAACUCCACACUGUGAAAUCUUUCUGAUUACGAUUGCAGGAAUGAAGCUGUUGCGCUCUUCAUUUUGUAAUCCCAUUCACCAGUUUGUUACAUUAAGCUUUACUGUAAUCUUCUUCAAGUUUGACUACAAAGAUUUCUCCGAGAACUUGUUGUUGAAUUUCUUCAUGAUGUCAAUUGUAUUUAAUAAGCUAUGGGACCUGCUGCAAAAAUUACAGUUCAUAAUGACAUAUAUUGCACCUUGGCAAAUUGCUUGGGGCUCUUCAUUCCAUGUGUUUGCUCAGCUUUUUGCUAUACCUCAUUCUGCGAUGCUCUUCUUUCAAACUCUGGCCACUGCAAUUUUUUCUACUCCAUUGAGUCCGUUUCUUGGGAGUGUCAUUUUUCUCACAUCGUAUGCCAGACCAGUCAAGUUCUGGGAAAGGAAUUACAACACAAAACGAGUGGACCAUUCUAAUACAAGACUGGCGCUUCAGAUCGAAAAGGAUGCAGGAAAUGAUGAUAACCUCAACUCCAUCUUUUAUGAGCAUCUGACAAGAUCUCUGCAGGAGUCUCUUUGUGGAGAUUUGAUUCUUGGACGCUGGGGAAACUACAGCUCCGGGGACUGCUUUAUUUUGGCAUCAGAUUAUUUGAAUGCAUUUGUUCACUUGAUUGAAAUUGGAAAUGGUCUCGUGACUUUCCAACUCAGGGGGCUAGAAUUUCGAGGGACAUAUUGCCAGCAAAGAGAAGUGGAGGCUAUAACAGAAGGAGAUGAGGACGAUAACGGCUGCUGCUGCUGCAAGCCCGGCCACUUGCCUCACUUGCUCUCAUGCAACGCAGCUUUUAACCUUCGAUGGCUGACCUGGGAAAUAACACGGACUCAGUACAUCCUAGAAGGAUACAGCAUUAUUGACAACAAUGCUGCAACAAUGCUCCAAGUGUUUGAUCUGAGGAGGAUACUCAUCAGAUAUUACAUAAAGAGCAUUAUAUACUUUACUGUGAGUUCCCCCAAAAUCCUACACUGGCUAAGAGAUGAUUCAUUCCAAAAGACACUGCAGCCUUUCUCCAAGUGGCAUUAUAUAGAGCGUGACCUUGCAAUGUUCAAUAUUAACAUUGAUGAUGACUAUGUCCCCUGCCUUCAAGGAAUCACCAGAGCAAGCUUUUGCAGUGUUUACUUGGACUGGAUUCAGUUCUGUGCUGUGAAAAGAACUGAGCCUAUCGAGUGUGAUGAAGAUUCUCCUUUAGUAACUCUUUCCUUUGCCUUGUGCAUUCUGGGUAGAAGAGCACUGGGAACAGCAUCACACAAUAUGGCCAUCAGUUUAGAUUCCUUCCUCCAUGGACUUCAUGCUUUGUUCAAAGGAGAUUUUCGAAUCACAGCAAGAGAUGAAUGGGUGUUUGCAGAUAUGGACCUAUUACACAAGGUCGUUGCUCCUGCAAUCAGAAUGUCACUGAAACUUCAUCAGGACCAGUUUACCUGUCCAGAUGAAUAUGAGGAACCUGCAAUUCUUUAUGAGGCAAUUCAAUCGUUUGAAGAAAAAGUUGUGAUUUGCCAUGAAGGAGACCCUGCCUGGCGUAACGCCGUCCUCUCCAACAAGGAGGAACUGCUCACUCUGAGGCAUGUGGUGGAAGAAGGAACAGACGAAUACAAAAUUAUUAUGCUCCACAAAAGCUUCUUGAGCUUCAAAGUUAUUAAGGUUAACAAGGAGUGUGUCAGAGGGCUCUGGGCUGGACAGCAACAAGAACUGAUAUUUUUACGCAAUCGCAACCCAGAGAGAGGCAGCAUCCAGAACAACAAACAGGUUUUGAGGAACCUAAUUAAUUCCUCGUGUGACCAGCCUCUGGGAUACCCCAUGUAUGUCUCCCCUUUGACCACAUCAUACAUAGGGACCCACAGGCAGCUAAAGAAUGUUUGGGGUGGACCAAUAAGCCUGGACAACAUCAAAACGUGGUUCAGAAACAAGUGGCUUAGGAUGCGGAAGGACUGUCAUCCAAGUCAUAACACUGGAGGGAACCUUGAGGAAGGAGCGAGUAGAAAUGGGUCUUCUUCCAGCUGCAACCCACCUAAUAAUUCAAGCCAGAGCAACAGCUCCCAACACACAAGGAACAGCACGCCCCACUUGCAGCCUUCUUUACCAGCUACUCAAUUCCCAGGCAGAAGAAAAUUCAGGAGCCAGUCUGUUCAGACACAUGCUGCCUUAAGUCAGAGGCCCCCUCGUUCAAGUCAUUCUGGUCCAAUCUUAGAAAGCCACCCCCCCUUCAUCCAGACUUCGACUUCUGCUCAUGAAAUUGCCCAAGGGCUUUCUGGCGGCCGGCUCUCCUUCCACAAUUCAGCAACCUCUGUGUUCUCCCACACUCCUGCCAUCCCUGCUCUGGGCCAGCUUACUGUCCAGGAGAGAGCUGGUGUGAUGCUGCGGUCUAGUCUGGCGUCUUCCACCAGUUCUACACUCAGUCUUUUGUUUGGCAAGAGGAGUUUUUCAAGUGCUUUGGUAAUUUCUGGGCUCUCAGCUGCUGAUGGAGGAAACACCACAGACACCCAGUCAUCCAGCAGCGUUAACAUUGCAAUGGGCCCAUCUGCUCGAGCAGCAAGCCGUACCAUGCAGGAGACCACGCGGCAAUUAUCUGAGGAUUAUGAAGCAACUGAUGCUACGGAAUCCAGACAACGAAGGGAUCUAGGAACUACUCAUGCUCUUCUGAUGAGCCACAUGCUGGAAUGUAGAAGAGCCAGCCAAGAGGACAUGGCAUUGGAAGACACAGCUUCUCAACACAGUCUUUCAGAAGAGCAAUAAAGAAUCAGUUUGCACAAGGGGUAAUGCUCUGUACAACUGAAAUAAAAAAAUAUGACAAGGUUAGUCCUUUCCAGUAUAACAAACAAAAACAAGAAACUUUAAAAGGAUUUUUAACUCUUUAGUUUAAAAAGUCUUUACUGAAAAGCAUUACAGUGAGGAAACAUAAUUGGCAUUUGGUGUUGCGCAAAAACAUAGUGCAACUUUAGCUCAGGUUCUUGAAAAUUCAAAUAUGAAAAUAAAAACUGUCUUGACAUUCCUUCCCCUGAAGACGCACUCAUAGGAUGGAAUUUGGGAAGCAUUUAAGGGUGGGGAGGGAGAGACAGAGAGAGAAUACUUGGAACGGAGAUUGAAAGCAGCAGAAAAACUGAAUGCAGUUCAGUGAAAAAGCACACCGACAUCUGUCUCUUGUCAUAACCAAAUAGAUGAUUGCAUGCUAAAUAACUGGCAUUUUAUACAUAAUGCAUCAGAAAGGAUUGUUUUUAAUUGAAGCAAUGAAUAUGUAAUAGGAGACGAAAGUGCGUACUCUAAGAUUAGUAUGCCGAAUCUUU